UUAGGAGUUAGGCAGCUAUGUAAAACCUUAUUCCUUAUUGCAAUGUUUUAAUAUACAGGCAGUAAUUGAGCAUAUUCCCUAUGGCUGCCACAUGUGUCUGGGUAGUCACUGUGAGAAAGUAAAUGCAGCAGGGAUAUGCUCAGAUAAACCUGAGAUUUUACCAUUAAUGAAGGAAAAAAUAAAUAAGCAAGGAAAAAAUGGUACUAUGAUCAUAGGAAAAAAAUAAGCAAUUGCUAUUGUGUACAGAGUUAUGGUAAAACAGCAGGAUAUGAGGGAAUGAAAAUAAAAGUCACAGAAAAAUAACAGCAGCAACUGAGAUACUAAUCUUAGAGUAUAGCAGCAAAGUAAAAUACAGAGACUGGCUUACCCCUAACAGGACUGUUAUAAUGAUAGUUGCAAACACCGGGUUGUAAUGGCGACUUGCCAGAGGGAGCAGGGAAGCUCAGUAGCAGCUGGCUGAUGACGUCACAGCAUGAGGAAGUGGAGCUCAGUGAAAAUUGAAUCCCAAGGCCGGUGAGCUGCAGGGGAAACUGAGUUAGAGGUAAAGGUAUGAAUGAGGCUUUUGAAAUAGCUGAAUCUUCUUGAGGGAGAAGCAGGCAGGAAGGAGAGGAUGACAACAAAAAUCCAGCUAGCAGGUGUAGAGGAAUCCAACAAACAGAAGUAGUAAGGUAAAUCUUACAGAGAGCAGGCUCAGGUUAAGGUUUAAGACAAACUUCAAUACUAAGCAAUGUGAAAAUGCUGGGAGGGGCCUUAAAUAGGUUGAUGUUAAUGAGAGCAGGAUGCUUUAAAGGGACAGUGCAGAGAAAUAAGAACCAUUAUCCUGACACCAAACGAAACUUCACCACCCGCCAUGACAGCACCUCCCGCGACGUCAUCCUCAUCAACCGUCAGCCGCCUCUGGAUCCAUUCGACUCCUCUGGAACGCAACAGCUCCUGCACCGUCCCCAGGAUCUUCUGGAUAUCUUCCAUGUUUCAGCCAAUAAAUGCUCCAAGUGAUGAGAACCUAUGCCUCAGCCAGCCUAGAGAUUCAACCCAAUGGUACUUGGAGGAGGACAAGGAAGAUGAAGCUUUGGACUACACAAGAAUGUCUCCAACAUCACUAACCCCAGAAGUUGCUACACUGUCUUCAGAAGUUGCAACACCAGCAUCAGAAGUCACAUCACAGUCAGAAGACGUAAUUUCAUCAACCACAGAAGAUAUUUCAAACACACAAGAUGGCACACAAACACCACCAAACAUCCCCUUACUGUCCAUAAGAUCAAAUGUCAACACACUGACGUCAGAGUGUAAAACAUUCACACCUGUGGAGAAAGAAUGUGAAACCAGAACAAAUUGUGUAAUUAGAGUGGAGAACACCACCAGAGAAGAAUCUCCUAACCAGCAGAAGAGAGUCAUGAAGGAAAUGUGUGACCAGUUUAAGUCCUGUAGAAAUGAUUCACCCCAUGCGUCUGGCCCUAAUGUGCGCACAGCAAUCUCUCAGAACAGAUUCUUGGACCCAAGAAUGAUGUGGACUGGGUCUAGGAGGGAUACAUCCCAGAGUGUACAGAGACUCAUAGCAAUCCAAAUCCUUCCUCAAGUAUUGGGUCUAUAAGACAAAAAACUACAGAAGAUAUUAACUCACAAUGUCUCCCCAAGGUUUUAGAACUAAAAAAACGUUUUGAGCCAUAAAAGUAAAAUAAUCAGUUUGAGGAGUGAGAAAUCCAUAGCAUGUAUACAAUGUACAUUGCAUUUAUACUUUGAAUAUAAAACUUCAUUAGCAGAACAGCAAGGUUAUGGAAAUAAAACAAUGUUUGUCACAUGGGAACAUAAAUUGAUAAAAAAAGAAAAAAUGCAUUUAGAAGAAUGCAGCCAAGUUAGAGGUCAUAUGGAAGUAGCCCAUGGGAUCAAUGCUUUUGGGAGCAGUGGAAAUUUUUUUACUUUUAAAUAUAUAUAUAAAUAUAUUUUUUAAACAAACUUACAAUAAAAUACACACCAUUUGAGAAUAA